CUAUCUGCUGUGGAUCCCAUGUCCUUCGUGGAGUACCUCUCGCGCAAGAGCCUGGCGGCUCAGCAGCGACGUGCUGAGCAGCUGGUGUUGCGAAGGGCGGAAGCGGAAGCGAAAUGUCAGCAGUGGCUGGAAGAGCAGAUCAAAAGAUUCAAGGAGCAUUGUAUCGAGCAGAGCGAACAUGGCAAGAACAGCGGGAAGAUGGUUCUCUCCGACAUCAAGUGGCCAAAAGGAAAGAAAGAUGAAUGCUUUGAGCUUUUGAAGCAAGAAUUGCAAAAGUUGGGAUUCGAGAAGGUUGAAAUCAAAUGCGCACUGGUGGACAAAUGGCGGGGUUCGGGAGCCUUCUCAGGACUCAUGUUCGUUUCCGAGCCCACAAUCCAUGCGUCAUGGAAGCUGCUGCCGAAUGAGUGCAUCGAGGAAGAACCUCAGGUCACUGGGGGCAUGAUCGAUACCUGCGCAAUUUGCGCUGAAGUGCGACCACUGGUGGUGUUAGUUCCUUGUGGCCACGUGGUGUGCGCCGAUUGUCACUCGAAACGGAUCACCCAACGCUGCCCCUUUUGCCGGAACGUGGUCCGUUGCACGACUCAGGGCCUGUUUUUCUCGUAGCCUAACGAGGGCCACUUGUCGCACCAUGGUCGCUGAAGCUGUAAACCAUCCAAAGGGUCACUGCCAUGAGAGAGCCAAUAUCCCAGAAUGAUUUGGAUAAAUG